AUGGCAUGCAGGGUAGAGUACCGGAUACAGCUUACCAAAUGUAACACCAACACCAACAUUAGAAAGGCCGCCGGAUCAGAUAGUAUUCCGGGUCUAGUGAAAACUAUAGUCUCAGACUUUGUAUGCAGAAUUUAUAAUGACUGUUUGCUGCACUCUUACUUUCCUGUAGCCUGGAAGAUUGGCAAUUUAUUAGGGAACAAAUGUUUGUGGCCAAGGAGGAAAGUGAAUUCCACUCUUUUAGGCAAUUCGGUUUCCGAAGGACUGAGCACCGCAGAUGCUAUAGAAACUGCAAUCAGCCACAUAGACAAGCAAGCAAGAUAUUCCACUAUAGUGUGA